AUGGGCGCAUCAUCAUCGAAACCAAUAAAGACAGCUGCCAAUGCUGCGGCACGCCGCCAAUAUCCCAAGAGCCCCUCCUCGUCGACCACCGCCCCCAGUGGAAACCCGCCGGCGGAUAGAGCGGCCAGGGCAGCCGCACGACAGGAACAGCCAGGACCGGUAUUCCAUUCAAAACAAAACCCGAGUGCUAUAAAAUCAGAAGCAAUCGACCUUGACGCCCGCGAUCCUCAUUUCGCCGCGUCCCUCCGCUCCAUCGGGCCCGUCACACCUAACCCCUUCAACCAACAACCCCAGCGGAACCACCAGAAAUCCCUUUCCACCGUCUUCCCCCCAUCCACGACCUCCCCCAAAUCCCGCAACCCAAAUCUUCUCGUCUUCUCCUCCCGCACCGAGCUGGAAAAGUUAGCAGCGCGAGAAUUCGAGUCCAUCGGCCGACAGAGCCACACUGGCCGCGAGUUUUUGGAUGUCGUGAGUAUCAGGCAUGUUUUGGCGAUGAGGGAUAAGCAAGGGAUGUCAGAGGAGAUUAUUGAGAAGAAGCUUCGUUUGAAGAAGGGGGCUGUGGCGUUGUUGGGGAGGAAGGGGGUAGUGGGGCUUGUUCGAUGA